CCUCGCAUUUUGGCUGACCGGUUGCUCUCUCUAGUGCUCACAUUUCCCUGUAAAAUUAGGGCUUCGUCAAAUUAGGGUUUAUUUUGGGGGUUUCAGACUCGUUGAGAUCGAUUGAAGUGCUGCGGAUUCAGGAUUGCGCAUUUAAUUAUGAGGAUUGCUUUCUUCGCCAAUUUAGAAGUUGGGGGUCAUAUUUUACUGAUGUGAAAUUAGAACUGAAUACCAGCUCAAGUACCUGAGGCUUUUUCAGGCUGUUGCAUAGGUUUUAGGAGACACCCUGGGGAUCAUGCUACAAUUUUCAGGACAGUCUUCAUCUGUAAAUAUGAUGCUAACUUCCUUUGCCCAUUCAGUUUUUAUUCUGUUCAUAUCAUAUGCCUGUCUUUGUAAUGGCUUCUACUUACCUGGAAGUUAUAUGCACACAUACUCAAAGGGUGAUGAUUUAUUGGUGAAAGUGAAUUCCUUGACCUCAAUUGAAACUGAGCUUCCCUUCAGUUACUAUAGCUUGCCAUACUGCACACCCCAAAAGGGGGUGAAGAAAAGCGCUGAAAACUUGGGUGAGCUUCUAAUGGGAGACCAGAUCGAUAACUCCCCUUACCGUUUUCGCAUGUCCAAGAAUGAGUCGAUUUUCCUAUGCACAACCAAACCCUUGACGGAACAUGAGGUGAAGGUUUUAAAACAGAGGACCCAUGAUCUCUAUCAAGUGAAUGUGAUAUUGGACAACUUACCAGCCAUGAGAUUUGCCACCCAAAAGGGCAUGACCAUCCAAUGGACAGGGUUUCCAGUUGGGUUUUCCUCAGGGAAUGAAGACUAUAUCAUCAAUCAUCUGAAGUUCACAGUCUUGGUUCACGAAUAUGAGGGAAGUGGGGUGGAUAUUAUGGGCACUAGCGAGGAGGGUAUGGGGGUGUUUACAGAGGUGGAUUCAAAGAAUGCCUCGGGGUUUGAAAUCGUGGGGUUUGAAGUUAGUCCAUGCAGUGUUAAGAGGGACCCUGAUGCCAUGUUGAAGCUCAAGAUGUAUGAUCCUGUCCCACCUGUGACCUGCCUCUCCGAAAUCGACGGGUUUCAAGUUAUCAAAGAGAAAGAGAGGAUCUCCUUUACUUAUGAGGUGGAGUUUGUGCUCAGCAACAUAAAGUGGCCUUCUCGAUGGGACGCAUAUCUCAGAAUGGAGGGAGCUCGGGUUCACUGGUUCUCUAUCUUGAACUCUCUCAUGGUGAUCUUCUUCCUGGCUGGCAUAGUCUUUGUCAUUUUCUUGAGGACAGUGAGGAGAGAUCUCACCAAAUAUGAAGAAUUGGACAAAGAGGCUCAAGCCCAAAUGAACGAGGAGCUCUCAGGUUGGAAGCUCGUGGUGGGCGAUGUGUUCAGGGAGCCUUCUCACUCGAAGCUUCUCUCUGUGAUGAUAGGAGAUGGGGUGCAAAUAGCGGGCAUGGCAGUGGUCACCAUUGUUUUUGCAGCUCUAGGCUUCAUGUCCCCUGCAUCAAGAGGAAUGCUUCUAACUGGUAUGAUCCUUCUCUACCUCUUCCUUGGAAUUGCUGCUGGUUAUGCAGGCGUGAGGCUUUGGAGGACCAUGAAGGGCACAUCUGAGGGUUGGAGGUCGGUUUCCUGGUCCAUUGCUUGCUUCUUCCCUGGCAUAGUUUUUGUGGUCUUGACUGCCCUAAACUUUAUUUUGUGGGGAAGCCAUAGCACUGGAGCUAUCCCCAUCUCUCUAUAUUUCGUGCUCCUCUCUCUAUGGUUUUGCAUCUCUGUGCCUUUAACUCUCUUGGGCGGGUUCUUGGGUACAAGGGCUGAACCCAUUCAAUUUCCUGUUAGGACCAACCAAAUUCCUAGGGAGAUACCAGCUAGGAAAUAUCCGUCUUGGCUUUUGGUUCUUGGGGCUGGUACCCUACCUUUUGGGACCCUUUUUAUCGAGCUCUUCUUCAUAAUGUCAAGUAUUUGGUUGGGUAGGUUCUACUAUGUCUUUGGGUUCUUGUUGGUUGUGUUUGUGUUGCUCGUUAUUGUGUGCGCUGAAGUGUCGGUUGUGCUCACGUACAUGCACUUGUGUGUUGAGGAUUGGCAAUGGUGGUGGAAGGCCUUCUUUGCGUCAGGUUCGGUCUCUCUAUAUGUUUUCCUGUACUCAAUUAACUACCUGGUCUUUGAGUUGAGCAGUCUCAGUGGCCCUGUUUCAGCGAUCCUCUACCUUGGGUACUCUUUCAUCAUGGCCUUUGCCAUCAUGCUUUCAACUGGAACCAUUGGGUUUCUCACAUCUUUCUACUUCGUUCACUACCUUUUCUCCUCUGUUAAGAUUGAUUAGGCAUGGAAAACUACUAGGAUUGAAGGGGAAGUGUCAGAGAACCCAACCCCAAUUCCCUCCCCCCCUUCUGUCUCUCUCUUUCUCAAUCAUCAGUUGACAUUAGACCAAAGAAAAAGUCUUAGCUGAUAUCUCAUGGAUAUGAGGAAUGCUCCUUCGUACGUUUUACCAAUCUCUUGCAACAUCUUGCUUUCAUCCCCAACAUUUCAGUUCAUAAUAUAUCUGCCUUUCUUGCAUCCACAAGCGCACACUUUCUGGUAUAAUUAGAAAGCCUUUCUUGUUAUGGACCCAAUACGCCUUUCUACCACACCUCUAGUAUGAAGGGUUUUGUUCUUUUCAGUGGAUCAGAUGUUGUUGCCGAUACUAUCUCGGGUUUUGGUAGUUAUAUGUAAUUCAGGGGUGUCUGGUCCACUACAUCUAUGGGUUUUUGACCUUUUCUUGUUUGAAAGCUUUGUUGCAUAUUGAGUAAUAACUUUGUACUUUAAAAGAAAAGUGUGAAUGGAGGGUUAAUACUGUGCACCUAUCUGCUACAAUGAAUGUUUUAGUUGUCAUUUGCAGCAAUGCAACUGUUAUUUGAUUAUGGUUGUAUUAGAAUCGUGAUUCUUAUUGG